AUGCCGCCACCGCCACAACCACCCUUCCAACAACAAAACAGGCAAAACUUCCGAACACCAGCUGAACCAAAACCCCGAUCAGGACCUGGCAUCCUACAGAAGCCCAUACCGCAACUGCAGCGCUCCCAAAAGAGCCCAGCGCCUCAGUUACCGGUGUGGAGACCGACAGCGCAGAGCCAUCCUUCCAACUCUCCGGCGCGUCCCGAUGUUCCGGCGUUCGGAAACCUAGCCGGUUCUCACUUCGCUCAACAGUCUUCGAGCGCUACUUCGGCUUACAGUAACACCACAGCCCUUCAAGAGGACUCAAACAAACACCGCAAGGACGAUCGCAUCUUGACCGCGGGACCUGGCACGGUUCGCGGGGUGAAGGGCAUCGUGGAAGUAUUCGGAGUCCUGGAUUCAGCUCCGACUGUCAGCCGACAGGGAAUGACCAAGCACUUUACGCUGAGACAGGACAGGUUCAGCGUCAACUGUAUUUUCUACCAAAUGGACAGACAGCUUGGACCGCUUCAGCGUGGCAGCUGGCUGAGAUGCGUUGGUUUCAUGAAUCGCACGGGACAACUUUCCGUUGUUUGCGCACGACCGGCUACGGGAGAAGAAAAAGCUGUCAUCAACGGUCUCCUUGCAAUCGCAAACAUGUAG